AUGCAGGCCUCCCUCAAGGUGCAGGCGGCCGCUGCGGCCUCCUCCUGCCGCCGGGCGCAGCAACCCCGCUGCCAGGCCACCUCCCCCAUGCAGCCGCGCGCCCCGGGCGUGGCUAAGCCCAGGGUUGGCGACACCCGCAGCCAGCGGAACGUGGCCGCGCACGCCAAGGGGGCCAUCAAGCCCAUGGAGGCCACAUUCACCGAGUUCAAGCUGAUCGACAAGAGCCAGAAGCAAGACUGGAUUGCAUUGCUGGCCAACGCCGAGUUCUUCUUCAACGACGCCCAGAACGAGCAGAUUGCGGAGAACUUGCGCGAGCGGGUGCGCUACCUGUCGGAGAAGGGCGAGGACGUGGACAUGUUGUUUGUGUGCGAGCCAGAGUGGCUGGAGCGCCUCUUCCCGGAGCAGGCCAAGCGGCUGCGGCGGCCUGCUGUGGCGCUGCUCUGCCCCGACCGCUCCUGGAUGACAUUCAUGCGCAUCCGCCUGGACCGCGUGAUUGAGGUCAGCCUACCCAACAUGUCUGCUGAGGAGGUGGCCACAUGCGGUCAGCCGGUGCCCAAGUUCCCGCCCCCUGCCAAGUGGACCGCGCCCUACAAGCCCUAUGCCUGGGGCUGGUGGGACCGCUUCAUGCUCUGAGUGGGCGAGCGCAGGAGGCGCAGGAAACCAAUGAUCGGCCCCUAUCCUGCUGCUGAUUCCCGCCUCAUCAGGCGGGGGUAGACCUGUCGUCGCACACCUUGUAGGCGUUUGGGUUUUUGCUGACUACUUGCUUUUUCUCCAAUUUUUACCUCUUCUCGUUUUCUCGCUCCCACCAAUGAAUGCUCUUGCAUGAUUAUGUGUGCCAGCACCAGUUGGCACGCGUGUUUCGAUGCACAAACACGAUACCCUGCAUCGUCUCCACACGCCCUUGCUGAACUGUAACCUGCCCACCGCAC